UUUCCCAUUCCUUUUCGAGGGAAAGGAUAGAGGAAAAAGAAAGAACAAACAAGAAAAAGAACAAAAGAAAAGAAACAUAGAAAUGAAGAAGUCUAUAACCCUAACUCUCCAAAUUCCAAUCCUUAGAAUUUGCUAGGGAAUUUCCAUCUCUCUCUACCGAUUGCAGAUUAUAUUCCAGUUUUGUUUUCAAUCUAAAAGUUCGAUUUCAAGCAUCAAUUACAGGUACUUGUCGAGGAGAGAAAUUGAAGGAAUUUUUCGACUAUGCCAAAAAGUUGAAGGUCUUUUUGCUUUUCAGUCUAUUCUUUAAUUUGUGCUACAAAAAUGAAAUCAAGAUCCAGCAGUGAUGCUAGGGCUCAGAGGCUGAGGAGUACUCAAGGAGAAGGAUCAAAUUGGGUGCUUAUUGUAGGUGGUGCUUUGCUAAGUACUUUAUCUAUUCGUCUUGGCUUCAAAUUGAAACAAGCACUUGAUUCUAAACAGCAAGAAAAUGCUAUCUUGAAAGGUAGUGAAAGAUCUGUUGGACGGAGGCUGGGAAAUUGUCGUUCAAAUUCAAGUUUACAUUCCUAUGGAUUGGAUGAGAAUAGCUGCUUUAAUUGUGCUUCAGGAGAACGUGUAAUGGAGGUUAAAAACCCUCCAAAUGGCCAAAUGUUGACAGAACCUGAGGUGUCACUCCCUUUAGUGACUGUUCCUGCACCUGAAUAUGGCAUGGUUUGGGUAUCAUCUCCAGAGCGUGGUGAGCCACCUUCAAAACCGUUUCACCAGUCAAGUAAUUCUGAUUCGCCAUGUGUCUCUGAAUCUGGCUCUGACAUCUUUAGCAAGCGAGAUGUUAUACAGAAACUCAGGUAUCAGUUGAAGCGAAGGGAUGACAUGGUAUUAGAGAUGCAGGAUCGGAUUUCUGAACUACAGAAUGCACUAAAUGUGCAGAUGUCUCAUUCCAACAACUUACAGUCACAGCUCGAUUCUGCAAACAAGGAACUCUUUGAUUCUGAGAGAGAGAUCCAAAGACUGAGGAAAGCUAUUGCAGAUCAUUGCUUGGCUUAUGGAGACUCCAACGAGAAGCUGUCUGCCAUUACAUCACCAUCGGAGCAUAUAAAUGGUCAUGUCAAUGGUUUUUUUAAUGGAGAUGGCAAAUUUGGUUUGCACGAGAAAAGUGUAGUGGGAGAUGAGGAAAGAAUUGAAAUGCUCAAAAAAGAAAUUACAGGGCUGAAAGAAAUAAUUGAAGGAAAAGAAUAUCUACUGGAAGGCUUCAAGGAGCAGAAGGUUGAACUCUCUACUAAGAUAAAGGAACUGCAGCAGAGAUUAGAUUCUCAGCUUCCACAUAUUUUAUAGGUAUGGAAGCGUUACAACAUGCACACCCACUAUGUUACAACCAGGAGAUUCUGGUGACCCACAUUUUCAGUGCGCUAAUGUGGGAGGAUCGAUGAUGGUUGAGCAAACAUGUAAGAAGUGGAGGUUGUGGCGGAGACUCAAGGCAUAUGGUGGUGUUGUGUGGCCUAAUGAGCGUGGGAAAACAAAGACUUGGAUUUUGAAUGACAUACUAUACAACAAUGGGAGGGACCUCCAUGCAUGGUUGAACAAAGACAUAGUUGUCUACUUUGAUGGGUUCCUCCUAUUCUUCAAGAAGGAUUAAAGCUGAAGAUUAUUGGGUUUUUGGGGUAGUUUUUUGGUGGAUAAGUUAAUGGUGGUUCAUGUAAGAAAGCUCUAUCAUAGUUGUAUUUAGUUUAUGGGUGUUAUGGGAGAAUGUGACAGCCACUGGUUUUGUUUAGGGUGGUUGUCAUUGCUAAGACAUUAUUAUUUUUGUUGAUGUCAGUGUAGGCUUCAAAAAAAUUUAGUAUGUUGGUUAUGUAAUUGGUUAGAGCCUGCCACUUUUGUUUGAAUGAAUUAUAUUGUUAUAUAUGAAAGUAGUUAAAUAUUUUAA